GGGGGCAUAUCUUUUGCGUGCAGUUCAAAGCGAAGAAAGAUUCGAAACGAAGAAAGAAAGCGUUGUGAAGAAUGGCGGAAGAGGGACAAGUGAUCGGUGUCCACAGCGUAGAGGAGUGGAAGGAACAUCUCAAGAAGGGAGAAGAGUCCAAGAAAUUGAUUGUGGUGGAUUUUACUGCUUCUUGGUGCGGUCCAUGCCGUUUCAUUGCCCCAAUUCUUGCAGAGUUUGCUAAAAAGUUGCCGAAUGUCACCUUCCUCAAGGUGGAUGUGGAUGAAUUGGAGACUGUUUCCAAGGAGUGGGGAAUUGAGGCUAUGCCAACCUUCCUGUUCUUGAAAGAAGGCAAGCUGGUGGACAAGGUUGUGGGUGCCAAGAAAGAGGAGCUGCAAUUGACAAUAGCCAAACAUGCCGCAAUUGCUGCUGCUUGAAGUGCCAUAUGAAUAUGUUAAGAAUAAUAGACUAUUGUCUUCGAGUCAGUUUGCUUUUAUUACUAUUAAUCUGUUAUUGGGUCUGUUUGCAUGAUUUCAGAACGGAUUUAGAGUUAGUAAAACAUGGAUGGGUUAUGUGUAAAUGAAAUUGUUGCACUAUCGUGAUUGAAACAUUUCUGCUGAUGAAACUAGCCAAAAGAUUAGCCGGUACGUUAUGUUUAUCAUUGCUGUGA